CUGUGAGAAGAAACUGGAACAUUUUCGGAGGGCAGAGCAGAUGAUGUCAGCACUGUCCACGUCCUUCCUUGUGCAAAAAAUUGCAGCUUGUUUGCCAAAGAAAUGCCUGACGUGAAAGAAGGAAGCAGCGCCCUGUGUGAUCUUCAGCAGACUCUUUCCUGGCACACAACCGGUUAAAUGCUCUUGGCCGGGUUACUCAGUCAGGUGUGGCCCUCCGUAAACCUGAUCUUCUGCAAGAGAGAAAGCAGAUUAGGUGUGUGACUCCAGCUUGCUAGCUUCUUCAACAUGGACGACACGGAGAGCAACUCCAAGCCGAUCUCCAAAUGUCAAAGCUGUGGAGAAAUCUCCAUGGUCCACCACGAGGAGGACAUUGUGGGCAAGACGUCUAAAAGCCACUCCAUAGCCGAGCUGGGACCACUGACCAUCGCUGGUUCUGAGUUAGGUGGAGUUAAAGAUUCUACCAUGGAGAAAAUUGAGGAACCCGAAGGCGACGAGGUUUGGUGUGACUUCUGCUUGGAGACGAGGGUGAAGGCUGUAAAGACCUGUCUUACUUGCAUGGUGAAUUACUGCACUGCCCACCUAAGACCCCACAUGGAUAACCCUAAACUGCACACCCAUCAGCUGGUGCCCCCCGUGAACGAUGCUGCCUUAAGGUCCUGUAACCUCCAUAAUAAACCUCUGGAGUGGUUCUGUAAAGAACACUUGAUGUGUAUCUGUGAAGAAUGUGCAACAGGGGACCACAAAGACCACAACCCAAUCCUUUGUACGAAAGCGAGGAAGCAGGUGGAGGCAGAAGUUAAAGAGCUAGUCACUGAAUACGGGUGGAAGCUGAAAUGUGCCGAGAAUGCGAUUGUCAAGCUGGAGGCGAACACGUCAUCUAUACAGAUAUCAGUUGUGGAAGUGAAGCGAGCCACAGAUCUUCAAUUCCAAGAACUUCAUGAUGCUGUCAAGAACGCGCAUGCCAAAGUGCUGGAGUUCCUGGAGCAACGGGAGAGAGCGGCCAUUAAUCAGUCCAUAGGGAUAAAGACACAUCUAGAGCAGCAAUGCAACGAACUCCGCAAGAUGAAAACCAAGGUGGAGGGGAUCGCCAAUCACACCAGCGAGUUCUGUUUCCUUCAGGAAUAUUGUGAAUUUAAGAAGGCGGCAGGAGAUGACCCCCUCCCCAGUGUUUACAUCGGACUCGUGGACAAGCUGUCGGGGAUUAGGAAGGUGGUGAAGGACUCAACCAGGAAAGUCAUUCAGGACCUGCAGACGUCCUACAAUGAUAAGCUUCAGGAGUUCGCUAAGGAAGAGGAUGUCGGCAUCAAGACCAUGGUAUCUGCAAUUGUUCCAAAGAGCCACAAGAUAACUGCCCCCGACCCCUCGACUAGAGAAGACUUCCUGAAAUAUAAGACCAACAUUACCCUGGACCCGGCGACAGCUCACCGCUUCCUGAGGUUGUUGCAGAACAACCGUAAAGUGAACAAUGCUGCCCCAUGGCAACAGUCUUACCCUGAAGACCCGGAGAGGUUUGAGCACUGGUGUCAGGUCCUCAGUGAAGAAAGCUUUUAUAUGGGCCGCCACUACUUUGAGGUCGAGUUCAAAGGGGAAGUUGUCUACAUCGGUGCAACCUACAAGUGUAUCGACAGAAAGGGGAAGGAAAGCAACAGCACCAUAACUGGGAAUGAUUUCUCAUGGACCCUUAAGUGGAAUGGUAAAGAAUUUUCAGCAUGGCACAGCGAUGUGGAGACCCCACUAAAGAUGGAGAAGUUUACAAGGAUUGGAGUCUAUAUAAACUACCAGAGAGGCACGGUGCAGUUCUAUGGUGUUAAGGACACCAUGAUGCUCCUACACAGGUUUGAAGCAACUUUUACCGAACCCCUUUAUGCCGCUCUUUGGCUUCCCAAAAAGGAAAGUUCGGUGACCAUAAUCAGUCCAGAUGACAUGGUCCAAACUGUAGAACCCAAGGCUUUGCCAGCCAUUUCCAAGGACCCAAUCAUGUUGACAACUACUAAGACAGAAGUUGUGGUCAAUACCACCAUUCAGACCAUCAAGGUGGAGGCAAACGGGAGUCAAGAGACCACCGAGUCUGUCAUGUCAACACUGUCUUCUGUUGUAGAGACUAAUGGAACACCGGAAUCAGGAGGAAGCCCUACCAUCGCUAAAGUCACCAUGGUUUAACAUUGUGUUUUGGUCCUUUGCUUGGUCUCAAACAUUGUUCUGGUGAAGAACUUUUUAAUAUAGAUUUGGGUUGUAUUUUAUUGAGAUUAGGAUUGGAGAUCAUUAAGUCUACAGUCUAUGCACCCCACUAUUUUAGUAUUACAUUGCUCCUACUAUUGGUAAAUCAUCCUGAAAUGGGACAACCAAUUAUGUGCACAGAGUAGCCACUCCUCUACCCCGUGCUCCUUCGCUGCCCAUACAAAAUGCAUUAGAGAGUUCCCAGAAUAAUUCUUCAUGAUACGUUUUCUUCACACAAGUUUGACGCUACAGACGUGUAAAGUUUGUUAUUUUCACACUUAGAAUAAAUAACUCCACUAAUAAUGAGUGUCCACAAACUCUUACUCCAAUAGAAAUGCUAAACUGAAGGACAGUGAUGAUAUAUUUCAUACCUCCAUAUCUGCAUUACCCCUGCGGCGGUGCUACAGCAAAAUGGCUUACCUGAAGAGAUGAGCGCAGUGCACUUACACAUUGGUGGUAGCCUACAAAGAAAAGAUGAGCUUGGUGUUUGCUGUGUCAGGAAGCUGGAAAUGUAGGCAGAAGAUUUGUGAGUGGAAUUAAUUACUGAUCAUAGACAGCUAUAGUAAAGCCCACAUGAUCAGUGAAUGGUUAAAAAAAAAAAAGGGGGCGCAAUAUGCCGAUAAGUGCCUAGACUGGCAACUACAGAGGAGGCUUAAAGAGGGACAUAUAAAGUGUAAGGAUCCAGUUGCACUUAGAUCUCAGAACAAGGAAUGAGGGAGACACCAUGGGGGUACAAUAGGCACCUAGGUCACAGCACAGGGAAUGUAGACACAACAUGGGGUACAGGAGGCAAUGAGGUCACAUUACACAGGAGUGGGAAUAGACCAUGGAGGUACAGAAGGCACUGAGGUUACAGCAUAGGGAAUAAGGGACAUAACAUGGAGGUGAAGGAGGCACUGAGGUUUUAGUGCUGGGAAUGGGACCACACCAUGGGGGUACAGAAGAUAAUGAGGUGGCAGCUAAGGGAGUGGAAGACACCAUGGGAGUACAGGAGGCACUAAGAUGAUAGCAAAGAAGUGUUAUAUAUUAGUUGUAUGGACAUUGGGGUCAUUGCACAUGUGUGUAUACACUUGGGGUACUGUAUGUGCCAGUCUGGGUAUCAUUAUAUUACUUGUUUUCCCUGGUUGUAAUCUUUGAAUUUGGUGUCCAAUCUGAAUAUUGUUUUUUCUAAUUAGAAACCUGGUCAAGUAAGUCCAGUUACAUUUGCUAGAAUAUAACCCGGGUCAAGUCUAGGUCAAAUUAGGGUGAUCACAGCACCAUAUGGCAUUCGGGGGUGGGGGGUUUACCCAAGACCACACUGAGAGGGCAAUCCUCUCCAAAAUCCUGUUUCCUUUUCCAAAGGUAAUAGAAAUCUAGUCAGAAGUGAGAAAUAGCUGGGCAAGGACUCUUCUGCAAACACUUUUUGUGGGUUUUAGAUGGAGAUACAUAUUAGCAAAGUCUACUCAAGUCUCUACAGUACAGUAAUCCAACCUGUGUAGGCCCUUUACAGUAGAAAAGUACCUUAUUAGACUGUUCCUAUCAGCUUUUGCUUCCCUAUGCUAUAAAAGGACUUCAGUAAA